CCCAGGACCGCGGUCCUUUGUCAUCACAAUACCAGCGGCGACGAGCUGGUCCGCUGGCCCUGACGUCUGUCCCCCGACAUGGCCUACCAGCCGUACAUUGCGUACGAACAGCCAGGAUCAGUGACAUGGCGCCGGCUGGCUCUCGAUGCCUAUGCGGCUCAGUCUGUCACGCUCUCCGGCGUCCUUAUUAGGACAGCCCUCGGGAUCCUGGCGCCGCCUACUACGUCCAUGAUCGCAGCCAUUGUACUCGAGCGACGUGGCGUGGCCCUGGACGCCCUACUGCCGAUAUCAAUUACCCGCUACAGCAACAGCGGCGCGCUGUCUCUGAUCCACCUCUUCCUCUCACCGUCAACCCUCGGCGGCUUCUACACAUUCUUGAUUACGCUACUGUUCCUCUUGACUCUCGCUGCGCAGUUCUCUUCCACCUUGCUCGUGCUGGACCUGCAGCCGGUCCCCGUCAUGAACUUUAGCAGGACCGUGACCUUCCCCUACAGCGCAAACAUGACCCACCCCAAUGUCGCCUUGAGCGGAGACACACUCGACUACUACAAGCACCGCCCGGACGUCUUUGGCAUCUUUGCCGAAUACAGCGAGCCGACUGCCACCGAGACGGACGGCGUCGACGAUACCGGUGCCACGGUCCGGGCCCUGCUGCCACUGACCUCCCAGCCCGAGCGGGAGCGCGUCCGCAACUUCCAGGGCAUGGCGAAAGUCCUGGACGCCCGGGUGGCCUGCGUGCGGCCGGAACUGACAGACGUCCGCGUGUGCGGGUCCUGGUCGUCGGAGAACUGGCCCGUGUACCAGCUCUGCGGGAGCGUCCGGAGCGGCACGCCGAGGCUCCCGGACAAGGCAUAUGUGAAGCCGAGCAGCAAGACGACCCCGCCGGAACAAGGGCUACACCCGCUCAGUGUCAACUCGACCUUUCAGUGCGACAUUGUGGCUACACAGUGGAGCGAGGACCGGCGGGACCACGACUGGGCCCUGUGCAUGACGAGCGGCGUGCAGCUGGCUUCCAUGCUGAGCAACGCGACGGCGUACGGGGAGUACUAUCCGCAGAUCGCGGGCAGUAGUCGCAGCAUGGUCGUGUUGAAUGCACGGGACAUUUUCCGCCAGCUGCAGGAGAUGGCUCCGUACGGGUACACCGCGAACCUGACGAGAAACGGGACGUGGACGAUGCUCGACGCCAAGGCAGAGGGGCCCUGGACGCACCAGCAGGUUCGAUACACUCCUCCCGACAAGUCUCCGCAGCUGCUCAGUUUCAAGACGUCCUGGUGCUCUGAGCUGGUUGCCGACGGCCCCGUGCGGUACAUGAACAUUACUGCCUCCACGGACCGCCAUUCGAACAAGGAACCCUCGUACCAAUUCGACGGCCAGGCCGACACAUUCGACACGACCCUCAUCCGCGAGCAGCUUGGCGCAACCUCGACGACAACAACAACAACAACAUCAACAUCAUCCCAGAGACAAAUCCUCACCCUCUCCAAAUCCUCCCUCGACCAAAGCCUGGCCUCCAUCCGCGGCAAGCCCCUCAACGCCAGCCUCGCGGCCGACCGGUACAUCGACUCGCGCGUGAACCUGCGCGGCGAGCACACGAUCCUGCUCCAGCCCUGGGCCAUCCGCGCCGAGAAGCACGACGCCGAGCAGGCCAUCAACAUCCGCAUCACCGACUCGCUGCUGUCGGCCAUCUUCGCCGCCGCGCUCGAUGACACGAGCUCCCCGGCCCGCGCGAUCCAGGCGUUCCGCUUCACCCAGGCCAGAAUGAUAUACUACGACGCGCUGAAAGCGUUCUCGGGUAACUUGACCUCGGCCGAGGUCGACGAGGAGAUCCUGGUGCUCGCGCCCGCCGCGCGCGCGGGGUUCCUGUCCGUGAUGGGCAUCAUUGCCGCACACGUGGUGCUGUUUGUGCUGGUGCUGGUGCUGUUCCUCAGGGAGUCGCGGUGGAGCUUCCUCGAGCAGGCGUGGUCUGCUGUCGGGCAGGUCGCGAGUCACGCGGACGCGCAGGGGUUGUUAUUGGCGAGCUCGGCGGUGACGGACGAUGAUGUGGCGAGGUGGGUGUCUUCGUCGUCAUCGUCUUUCCCUGACGCGGACGCAGGCCAGCCUCGACGGCGUCGGAUGGGGACAUCGGCUGUCGGCAGUCUUGUGCAGGGCGUACGGGGAUUGUUUGUGCGGCGGCCGGGGCCUGCCGAGUAUGGCUUUGGGCAGGAUGUGCGUUACCAGGUCAAGGAUGGCGUGGUUGUGAAGACUCUCAAGCAUGCAUGAGGGACUUGAAGGAUGUGCAAGUCACUCAUCGUCUAUGCCAUCACUUUUGUUUCAGUCAUGAUGAUGCAUAAACUACUGCUCACAUCGUUAGACUCAGUAUGGUAUUGUUCACUUGGGGUGCCCGAGAAAGGCGAGGCCCUUUCUCUGAGCCAAGUUAUCUUUGAAAGGGCUUGAGGGGAAGCCCCGCCCGUAGCCUCACUUAGACAUGACGUAGAGCCAACAUGUAGGAUGCCCUGCCGAGCAAAGUUGGGUCUCGGACCCCCACUGCUUGCAGUUAACCGAUGGCGACUAGGCGCAAAGGGGACCGCAACACAUCUGAGCGACAAGCAGAGGCGAGGACUGUGCGUUGGCCCCGCCAUUCCACAUACGGCGCCUCAAUAUUGAAUCUUGCAGCCUGCAAGACCAUAAUAAGACUAGGUCGGCG